AUGAAAUAGAUUACUUUAGUUGUUUUUGUAUUCCUAUGUUUAGGACUGGUUCAAGGUUAAGGAUAAUUUGAAUCUGGCAAUCAAAUCAUAAUGUAUGCUUCAGAAGACCACAUUUUAAAAAUAUCAUAAAACGUUCCUAGGGAGCUUUCUGUUAAUGUUAGAUUCUAGAAAGUGUUUAAUAACAUACCUUAAGUAUUCAUUUCCUCACAAGUCUUUGAUUGUGGAUCAGGAUCACCAAAUGGAUUUAGUAUUGAUGUCUCUUAAGUUACUAAAGAGGGUAAUAUAUAUUGAUUAAUUUUUUUUUAGGAUUUGUACUAACAGGAAUCGCUUUAUCACCUUAACCUUUAUAUUAAUUGUAAGUUGAUUGGUAUGCUUUCGAUGAUUAGAGGAUUAAAGUUCUUGAGUAUGAAUAAGAAAAUAUUUAAAAAAUGGCUGAACCAGGUGAUUAAAUAACAACUUUCUAAUUAUAUCCAAACAUGGUAUCUCAGCCCAAUUUUGGAAUAAUUUCAUUAAUUGGAGUGAAACAUUUCUAUGAACCUAAUUUGGAAUUAAAAGUAGUUUAUAAAUUAUAUUUAGAUUGAAAAUUUGUCUUAAAACUAAGUAUCUGUAUCAGCCAGAAAAUUUGGAAAUUCUUAAUUAUUAUACGUUAAAUUUAAUGUAUAUAGGGAACAAGUGGAGCCUUAUGGGCAGCAUCACCUUAAGAAUUCAUUUUUGACUCAAACCAUCCAUUUUAAAAUAGACCAUUAGAAGCUGCUGAAGUUAUUUCUUCAAAUGAAUUACCAUAAUAAAUAACUUAAGGAACAAGAAAUAUUCCAAUAGUUGCAACUCGAGGAUAUGAUUUGGAGAAAACUACAAAUCUUAGAUUAAAAUAUAUAAAUGUUGUUCUUGGUGCUAAAUUGGAAUACAAAUUUUAAACAUGUAAAAUGAUGUAUUUAUUUUUAUAGGGUGGGAUACUAAAUUUUACAAAUUAUAUCAUUAAGCAGCAGUUUACAUUCCUCCAUCUCAAAAUACUUAAUAAAAUGUUGUAAAAAGUUCAGCAUCUUUAAAUGUGUUUAACAUUGUUAAUAAAGUUUAAUAUGCACACACAACAACGAGUGCGAAUUAAAAUACAUUAACUGCAAACAAGUUUAUACCAAAUCCUUAAGUUACUUCAAUUAUGAAAAGUAUAGGUCCAGCAAGCUAAAUAAAUAAUGCAAUUAGCAAUGUACUCAACCGUCGAACUUUCCUUAGCUAAACAAGCAAUAAUGAGGAAGAUGACCUGAAUAUCUUAUCAAGGAAUUGA